CACACACACACACACACACACACACACACAGGACGGAGGUCUGCUCUCAAACUCAGAGACAGCAGUUUUAUAUCCAGCAGACACAGACGUUGGAGUUUCCUCCAUUUUCUUCCUCUGUCACAGUGGAAGGUGUGUGUGAGCUGAUGUGGAUCCAGUGAAUCCAGCAGCAUGGAUCAGUGUGAGGACUUAAAGGAGGGAGCCCCUCCCUCUAAAAGCAGAGAUGGUAACCAUGACAACCAGAGCAAAACUCAGAGGAACCAACCUGGACCUGGAUCUGGAUCCAGCUGGGGGUCCGACAGGAGUGAUGUGAAAAAGUAUUUAACUGUAAACCUCAAAGGCAGCAGUUUAGGAGUAAAACCGAUCCACCAGAGACUCGGAACUGGAUCUGGAUCUGAACCCAGCUGUGUGUCCGUCAGGAGUGACCAGUCAAAGGAUCGUCUUAUUUUUUUUAAAUCAUCAGUAUCUUUUUGUGCAGAGAGACUGGACCAGCAGAGCUCAGAGACUCCCAGUGGUCCGUCUGUCCAGCAGCAUCAAACACAGCUGGACUCCAUCUUUCUGCUGCUGGAGGACAACAUUGUCACCUUUGUGAAGAAGGAGCUGAAGAAAAUCCAGAAGCUUCUGAGUCAGAGGAAGGAUAAGGAGGAGCUGGAGGAUGAAGAUGAAGAGCAGAGGAUCAGCAGAGACUCACUGAUGAAGAUCAUGGUGGACUUCCUGAAGAGAAUGAAGCAGGAGGAGCUGGCUAAUCGACUGCAGAGCAGAUCUCCUGCUACUGCUUGUCAACAUAAAGUCCAAUCUGAGCAAAUAAAGAAGUUCCAGUGUUUGUUUGAGGGGAUCGCCAAAGCAGGAAGCCCAACUCUUCUGAAUGAGAUCUACACAGAGCUCUACAUCACAGAGGGAGGAAGAGGAGAGCUGAAUGAAGAACAUGAGGUCAGACAGAUUGAAGCAGCAUCCAGGAAAGCAGACAGAGCAGAAAAAAGCAUCAGACAAGAAGAGCUCUUUCAACUCCCAGCUGGAAGACAAGAACCAAUCAGAACCGUGAUGACUAAGGGAGUGGCUGGCAUCGGGAAAACAGUCUUAACACAGAAGUUUACUCUGGACUGGGCUGAAGGCAAAGCCCACCAGAACCUCCACUUCACAUUUCCAUUCACUUUCAGAGAGCUGAAUGUGCUGAAAGAGGAGAAGUUCAGCUUGGUGGAACUUGUUCAUCACUUCUUCCCUGAAACCAAAGAAGCAGGAAUCUGCAGCUUUGAACAUUUCCAGGUUCUCUUCAUCUUUGAUGGUCUGGAUGAGUGUCGACUUCCUCUGGACUUCCACAAGACUCAGAUCCUAAAUGACCCUAGAAAGCCCACCUCAGUUGGUGAUCUGGUGACAAACCUCAUCAGGGGGAACCUGCUUCCCUCUGCUCACCUCUGGAUCACCACACGACCUGCAGCAGCCAAUCAGAUCCCUGCUGAGUGUGUUGACAUGGUGACAGAGGUCAGAGGGUUCAACGAUCCACAGAAGGAGGAGUACUUCAGGAAGAGGUUCAGAGAUGAAGAGCAGGCCAGAAUGAUUGUCUCCUACAUCAAGAGAUCCAGAAGCCUCCACAUCAUGUGCCACAUCCCAGUCUUCUGCUGGAUCACUGCUACAGUUCUGGAGGAUCUGCUGAAGAGCAGAGAGGGAGGAAAGCUGCCCAAGAGCCUGACUGAGAUGUACAUCCACUUUGUGGUGGUUCAGGCCAAAGUCAAGAAGGUCAAGUAUGAUGGAGGAGCUGAGACAGAUCCUCACUGGAGUCCAGAGAGCAGGAAGAUGAUGGAGUCUCUGGGAAAACUGGCGUUUGAGCAGCUGCAGAAAGGCAACCUGAUCUUCUAUGAAUCUGACCUGACAGAGUGUGGCAUCGAUAUCAGAGCAGCCUCAGUGUACUCAGGAGUGUUCACACAGAUCUUUAGAGAGGAGAAAGGCCUGUACCAGGACAAAGUCUUCUGCUUCAUCCAUCUGAGUGUUCAGGAGUUCCUGGCUGCUCUUCAUGUCCAUCUGACCUUCAUCACCUCUGGACUCAACCUCAUGGAGGAAGAACAACAGAAAAAAUCCAAAGUCCUUAAACUUAAACCAAGUGGUCCAGUCCAGUUGUACCAGAGUGCUGUGGAGAAGGCCUUACUGAGUCCAAACGGACACCUGGACUUGUUCCUCCGCUUCCUCCUGGGUCUUUCUCUACCGACCAAUCAGAGUCUCCUACGAGGUCUACAGACUCAGACAGGAAGUAGUCCACAGACUAAUCAGGAAACAGUCCAGUUCAUCAAGAAGAAGAUCAGUGAAAAUUUGUCUGCAGAGAAAAGCAUCAACCUGUUCCACUGUCUGAAUGAACUGAAUGAUGGUUCUCUAGUGGAGGACAUCCAACAGUCCCUCAGGUCAGGACGUCUCUCCACAGAGAAACUGUCUCCUGCUCAGUGGUCUGCUCUGGUCUUCAUCUUACUGUCAUCAGAAGAAGAUCUGGAAGAGUUUGACCUGCAGAAAUACUCUGCUUCAGAGGAGGCUCUUCUGAGGCUGCUGCCGGUGAUCAAAGCCUCCAACAAAGCUCUCCUUGGUGCAUGUAAGCUGUCAGAGAGAAGCUGUGCAGCUCUGUCCUCAGUUCUCAGCUCUCAGUUCUCCAGACUCAGACAUCUGGACCUGAGUAACAACAACCUGCAGGAUUCAGGAGUGGAGCUGUUGUCUGUUGGACUUGAGAGUCCAUGCUGUGAUCUGGAGGAUCUCAGAUUAGAGUACUGUAACCUGUCAGAGAGAAGCUGUGCAGCUCUGUCCUCAGUUCUCAGCUCUCAGUCCUCAAGACUAAGACAUCUGGACCUGAGUAACAACAAGCUGCAGGAUUCAGGAGUGAAGCUUCUGUCUGCUGGACUCGAGAGUCCAUGCUGUAGACUGGAGACUCUCAGAGUCUUCUACUGUGACCUGUCAGAGAAAAGUUGUCCAUCUUUGUCCUCCGUUCUCAGUUGUAAAUCAUCCAAUCUCCAAAAACUGGAUCUAAGUAACAACAACCUGCAGGAUUCAGGAGUCAACCUGUUGUCAGUUGGACUGGAGAGUCCACAUUGUAAACUGGAGGCUCUUAGCUUGUCAGGCUGUCUGAUCACAGAGGAAGGCUGUGCUUCUCUGGCUUCAGCUCUGAACUCCAACCCCUCCCAUCUGAGAGAGCUGGACUUGAGCUACAACCAUCCAGGAGAGGCUGGAGUGAAGCUGCUGUUGGCCGGGCCGGCUGAAAAACCCAGGAGACUGAAGACUCUCAGGGCGGAGCCAGCUGGAGUCCAAUGGCUGACUCCAGGUCUGAGGAAGUACUCCUGCAGCCUCACAAUCGACACAGACACAGUGAACGGGAACCUGAAGCUGUCUGACGACAACAGGAAGGUGACCUUUGAGAAGGAGCUUCAGUCGUAUCCGGAUCUUCCAGACAGAUUCGAUGUGUGUCAUCAGCUGCUGUGCAGAGAUGGUCUGGCUGGUCGCUGUUACUGGGAGGUGGAGUGGAGAGGAGACGUUUCCAUAUCCUUGAGUUACAGAGGAGUGAGAAGGAAAGGAAACAGGGAUGAGUGUGUGUUUGGAGCCAACAGUCAGUCCUGGAGUCUGAUCUGCUCCAAUUAUGUUUACUCUGUCUGGCACAAGAACAGAGAAACAUACAUCUCCCCCUCUUCCUCCUCUUCCUCUCACAGAGCAGCAGUGUAUGUGGACUGUCCUGCUGGAACUCUUUCCUUCUUCAGAGUUUCCUCCGACUCAGUGAUGCACCUCCACACCUUCAAUGCCACAUUCACGGAACCUCUUUAUCCUGGGUUCAGGUUGGGUGCCGGUUCCUCAGUGGUUCUGUGUAGAGAUCCGAGUUAAGGUUGUGGUUCUGUAAGAGAAACUCUGUUGAACAGAGGGUUCAGUGUGUCUUUCCCUUUCUUACAAACUGGUUUUCCGAUUCAUGUCUUCAAACCUUUUCAUCCUGAAACUCCUGAAUAUGGUUCUUAGUAAAUUCGGCCUCCAUUACAGAUCAUGUUAUUUCAGGAUCCAAAUGUUUUUAUUGCUCCAAACUUCAGUGAAAAUCAGCGUGUUGUGUUUGGAAUGGACUUUUUUUAACCCUUGUGCUAUCCUAGGCACUUUACAUUGGGAGUUGGGUCAUCUAGACCCACUAGACAGUGCUCUGAACCUUUUUUCUACAAUGAU